AUGUCCGUCAGCGGCGUGGGGUCCAUCCCGGUGGCGCUUACUUAUGAUGACGUCCUGCUCGUUCCACAAAAAAGUCCUGUGCGUUCCCGCAAAGAUGUGAGCACCACAACCCGCCUUUCGCGCAAUAUAAAGCUGCAUAUACCCAUUGUGGCAAGCAACAUGGACACGGUGUGUGAGCACCAGACGGCGAUCGCAAUGGCACGUGAGGGAGGCAUUGGCAUACUGCAUCGCUUUUGCAGCAUUCGGGAGCAGUGCGAGAUGCUGUCAAAGGUGAAGCGUGCACAGUCCUUCCUGAUUGAGAAUCCUCGCAUGAUCAUGGCGCAUCAAACGCAGGAGGAGGCUCUCCAGGGUCUGCAGUGGAAGGGGCGGAAAGGCGGUGUCAGUUGUCUCAUGGUCGUCGAGGACUUCUCCACAAGAAAACUGCUCGGUAUCGUUUCAAAGAAUGACUUGCACUUUGCGGAUGCGAAUGAGCCGGUUUCGAAGCUUAUGACCCCGCUUGAGCGGCUGGUGGUGUCAACAAACACGGCCAUCACGUUGGAGGAAGCGCGGGAAAUGAUGCGGGAACACCGCACAUUCAAUAUUCCGAUUCUUGGAAAGGACAAUGCGCUUAUUUACCUGGUAACCCUCUCCGAUGUUUUGAAACUCACGGGGAAAAAGUACGCCUCGCUCGAUGCCCGCGGCCGUCUUCUCGUCGGUGCAGCCGUAGGUGUAAAGAAGGAAGAUAUUACGCGCGCCGCAAAGCUGGUGGAAGCUGGCGCGGACGUGCUCGUGGUGGACAUUGCCCAUGGCCACAGCAGCAUAUGCAUCGACAUGAUAAAAAAACUCAAGACGGAUCCUAGGACAAAUAAAGUUGACAUCGUGGCGGGAAAUAUUGCGACAGGCGAGGCGGCGGCGGAGCUCAUACUUGCUGGGGCCGAUGGUUUGAAGAUUGGUGUGGGACCUGGCAGUAUUUGCACCACCCGUCUUGUCGCGGGCUCCGGUGUGCCGCAGCUCAGUGCCGUGAUGGAAUGCACGCGUGUGGCACGUAAACACGGCGUUCCAUGCAUUGCGGACGGUGGGAUAAAGAUGGCGGGUGAUAUCUGCAAAGCCAUCGCCGCGGGGGCCGACACCGUCAUGGUUGGGAAUAUUCUUGCCGGCACAGAAGAAGCCCCUGGCCGCGUGCUGGUGAAGGAUGGAAAAAAAGUAAAAGUCAUCCGCGGCAUGGCGGGGUUUGGUGCCAAUCUCAGCAAGGCAGAGCGCGAGCAAUCGCUGGAUGAGGAUGUCUUUGCCGAGAUGGUGCCAGAAGGGGUGGAGGGCAGUGUGCCCUGCAAGGGUCCGCUGGCCCCCAUCGUGCGGCAGCUCGUUGGUGGUCUCCGAUCGGGCAUGUCGUACUGUGGCGCAACGUGCAUCAAGGAGAUGCAACAGAAUGCCCGCUUUGUUCGCAUGACCGGAUCCGGUCUGCGGGAGAGUGGCAGUCACAGCAUAUCAAAGCUGUGA